CCGGCGGCCUCCGAGCGCUGGUGCAGUAGUCGCGACCGCAGUCCCUGCGCGUCCCGAGCCCCCGGGAGCGCCAUGGCCGAGCUGUGCCCGCUGGCCGAGGAGCUGUCGUGCUCCAUCUGCCUGGAACUCUUCAAGGAGCCGGUCACCACUCCGUGUGGCCAUAACUUCUGCGGGUCGUGCCUGAACGAGACGUGGGUCGUCCAGGGCGCCCCGUACCUGUGCCCGCAGUGUCGCGCCGUCUACACCACGCGCCCGCAACUGCACAAGAACACGGUGAUGUGCACGGUGGUGGAGCAGUUCCUGAAGGCCGAGAUGACUCGGGAGCUGCCCGCCGACGGUUGGACGCCGCCCACCCGCGCCUCCGUCCCCAGCCUCGGCGCCCAGGUGGCCUGCGACCACUGCCUGAAGGAGGCUGCGGAGAAGACGUGCCUCGUGUGCAUGGCCUCCUUCUGCCAGGAGCACCUGCGGCCGCAUUUCGACAGCCCUGCCUUCCUGGACCACCCGCUGCAGUCGCCGGUGCGCGACUUGCUGCGCCGCAAAUGUCCCCAGCACAACCGGCUGCGGGAGUUUUUCUGCCCCAAGCACAGCGAGUGUAUCUGCCACAUCUGCCUGGUGGAGCACAAGGCCUGCUCGCCCGUGUCCCUGAGCCAGGCCAGCGCCGAACUGGAGACCAAGCUGAGGCAGAAACUAACUGUCAUGUACGGUCAGAUCAACGGGGCGUCGAGAGCACUGGAGGACGUGAGAGCCAAGCAGCAGGAUGUGCGGGUGACUGCAAACAAGAAGAUAGAGCAGCUUAGACAAGAAUACAUGGAAAUGAAGGCUCUCAUUGAUGCCUCAGAGGCCACUUCCACACGGAAGAUAAAGGAAGAGGAGAAGAGGGUCAACAGCAAAUUUGACACAAUUUAUCAGAUUCUUCUCAAGAAGAAGAGUGAGAUUCAGACGCUGAAGGAAGAGCUUGAGCUUGGCCUGACCAAGGGGGACGAGUUUGAGUUUCUGGAGAAAGCGUCAAAACUGCAAGAAAUCUCCACGAAACCAGUCUACAUCCCUAAGGUGGAGCUGAAUCACGAGCUGAUCAAGGGCGUCCACCAGAGCGCCUUACACCUCAAAAGUGAACUGAAGUGUUGCCUCAGGCAUCUCCAGGAGCCCGGCUCAGGUAGCUGUGACCCUGAAGAGCAUGAGCCAGCAUCCACACAGAAGCCUUCACGCCCCACGAAGAAGGUCUCAAAAGACGAAAAGAAAAAGAAACCUUCCACUACCCCUGUCUCACCCAGCAAGCUUUCCUUCGGAGUCUCGGAACAGCAAGUGGAUUUAAUACAAGCUGACCUGGAGGCUGCAGCCACGCCUGCAUCUCUCAAGGCCAAGGUGCUGGAGACCUUCCUAGCCAAGUCCAGGCCCGAGCUCCUGGAGUAUUACGUUAAAGUCAUCCUGGAUUAUAACACCGCCCACAGCAAGGUGGCUCUGUUGGAAAACUAUACCACAGCUUCUGUGGCUGACACACCUCAGAGUUACCGGCCGCAUCCCCAGAGGUUCACAUCCUGCUCUCAGGUGCUGGGCCUGCACUGCUACAAGAAAGGGAUCCACUACUGGGAGGUGGAGAUGCAGAAGAACAACUUCUGUGGGGUGGGUAUCUGCUAUGGCAGCAUGAGUCGCCAAGGCCCUGAGAGCAGGUUGGGCCGCAACAGCUCCUCCUGGUGCGUGGAGUGGUUCAACACCAAGAUCUCUGCCUGGCACAACAAUGUGGAGAAAACCCUGCCCUCCACCAAGGCCACGCGGGUUGGUGUGCUUCUCAACUGUGACCACGGCUUCGUCAUCUUCUUCGCUGUUGCUGACAAGGUCCACCUGAUGUAUAAGUACAAGGUGGACUUUACGGAAGCUCUGUACCCAGCCUUCUGGGUGUUCUCUGCUGGUGCCACACUCUCUGUCUGUUCCCCCAAGUAGGCAGGCCAUUGACAGGUCUGGUUGGGCUGACUACCGAGGACUCAAGACUCUAUUGAAAUUGCUGCAGGUAGUACUUUCCUCGGAAGACUUCCUCGAA